CCUGCGUGCCCGGAAGAGGAAGUGGAGUUUGCACAGGCGCGGUGGGUGGCCGGUUGGGCGGGAGCGGCGGUGGCUGAGGUGCCGCAGCAGGGAGUGGAGCUGAUCAAGCACCAGCCAAUAUGUCGUCCACCUCCCAGAAGCACCGGGACUUUGUUGCUGAGCCCAUGGGGGAGAAGCCCGUGGGAACUCUGGCCGGAAUUGGGGAUGUUCUUGGAAAGAAAUUGGCGGACAAAGGCUUUGACAAGGCAUAUGUGGUACUUGGGCAAUUCCUGGUUCUGAAGAAAGAUGAAGAACUCUUCCGGGAAUGGCUGAAAGACACGUGUGGAGCCAACGCCAAGCAAUCCAGAGACUGUUCUGGCUGCCUGCGGGAGUGGUGCGAUGCCUUCUUGUGAAUAUUGGCUAUUGUUGCCUUCUCACCAGCAGUCACUAUUAUGGCUUUCAUAGUUAGCAGGAAAAAAAAAAAAAUCUUCCCAACCCUUCCAUUUUGUACCCAGUCCAAAGGGCAAAAUGAACUUAAUAAUUUAUAGAAACCCCGUGGCAUUUAGAAUGUCUAUUUACGUGGCUCUGAUUUCUAGCCAGAAAGAAAAUAAUUGUCCCUAGAAGCUGCCGUUAAUGUAACUGACCAGAUUUCUUCUGGGGAAAGAGGGGGUAAUGUUCUAUUCUACACCUUUAUUAGAUCUGUGUUUGGAUUUUAUAGAUACAAGGUUCCUCACUGUUUCAGACCAGCUAACUCCUAAAGCCUUAAUAAUCUGCAUGCUUGUAAAGGGGAGUGCUUCUAUUGUCUUAAUUCGAACUCUCAUAGAUAUGCAGCUUGCUCGCUGUUAGUUUAAAAAAAAAAAAAAGUUGUGGUUUUAAGCUCAUUCUGGCUUAUUUCUGGAGCAGUUAUUUGUGGACCCUCCAGAUUGUUUUAUGCCACUUGGCUUUCUUUGGAAAAGUAACAGUGGAAGAAAACAUUGUAAAGUUUUUUUUAAAAACAAUAAAAAUCAGCUGUGUUAAUAUUCAA